ACGGCGUUCGUGUACCUACUAUCAAUGUUAAUGUUGGACUAUCAUUAUUGGCGCUUUCAUACCUUGAGAAUUUUAUCGUUGAUCCUAACUUAAUUGUUACCUUGGUUGUGCAACCGGAAAGAUGGUAA